AUGUUCCGCCCUCAGCUCGCACCGGUCGACCAGCAGGACAAGCAAUACGUCUCGCAGGAUGUCCCGAGGAGAAUAAAGCACAUCCAAUUUCAGCCCUUCACGCCCAAAGAUAUCGUUAGAAUAUCAGAGGUCGAAGUCUCCACCCCCGACCUAUACAAGAUACACGAGAAUGGAGACCGCACGACCGCACCGCAUGGGCCGCUGGACGGGCGCAUGGGGCCGAAUGAGAAGGGAAAGCAGUGUCUGACGUGUGGGGAGCAGGCGGUAGCUUGUGUGGGACACUAUGGAUACAUCAGGCUCGUAUUGCCGGUAUUCCACAUUGGAUACUUUAGGCCCACCAUCAACAUGCUGUCCUGCGUCUGCAAGAGCUGCGCUCGAAUUCUUCUCCCCGACAUCGACCGUGCCGCUUACCUCCGCCGUUUCCGCCGACCCGGCCUCGAAUCCCUCCAACGGCAAGCCGCCCAAAAGGCCGUCCUCUCCGCCUGCAAGAAGGUCACCAUGUGCCCUCACUGCGGCGCUGCGAACGGGAUCGUCAAAAAGUCGGGCGUCAUGAAGAUCUCGCACGAGCCAUUCCGAGCGUCCAAGAUGGCGACGCAGAAGGAGGAGUGGAUGGCGGGAUUCCAGACGGUGAUUGGGGAGCAGCAGGGGAUCUCGACACAUUUGGCGAAGGCGGUGGAGGAUCUGAAUCCAUUGAAGGUGUUGGAGCUGUUCAAACGGGUCUCUGCAGAGGACGCGGAAUUACUAGCCCUACACCCCGAAAUAGGUCGUCCAGAAGAUUACAUCUGGCAAUACAUCUCCGUCCCGCCUCCAGCUAUCCGUCCAUCAGUCGCGUCCGAAGCCGGAAACAACGAGGACGACCUUACCGCCAAGCUCGCCGAGAUCACCUCUCAAAACCGGUUACUAUCGGCCAUGAUGGACGCAGGAUACGGUAUUGAGAAUACCAUGACCAAUUGGGAGGUCUUGCAGCAGCUGGUAGCGCUGUACAUCAACUCGCAGGCGCCAGGUAUGGCGGCAGUGGCGGGAAAGCCAGUGAGGGGGUUUGUGCAGCGGUUGAAGGGAAAGCAAGGGCGUUUUCGAGGGAAUCUGAGCGGGAAGCGGGUAGAUUUCUCGGGGCGGACGGUUAUUGGGCCAGACCCGAACUUGCGGAUUGACGAGGUCGCCGUACCAGAGAAAGUGGCCGUCAAGCUAUCCUACCCAGAACGAGUCACCGACUACAACAUGGAACUCAUGCGUGCGGCCAUCAUCAACGGCUCCAGAUCACAUCCCGGUGCGAACGUCCUGGAGAAGAUGGACGAGCGGGGACAGCCAAUACGGAUAGCGCUGCACGUUGUGAAGGAUAUCGAGAACCGGAAGAAUACCGCCAGGAAUCUGAAGAUUGGAGAUAUCGUGCAUAGGCACUUGAGGGAUGGCGAUAUUGUUCUCUUCAAUCGACAGCCAAGUUUGCACAAGCUGUCUAUCAUGUGCCAUCGGGCCAAGAUACGACCUUGGCGAACGUUCCGGCUGAAUGAGUGUGUUUGUAACCCCUACAACGCCGAUUUCGACGGAGACGAGAUGAAUUUGCACGUUCCUCAGACAGAGGAAGCGCGGACAGAAGCUCUCGAGCUCAUGUCGGUCAAGAAGAACCUCGUCACCCCUCGAAAUGGGGAACCCAUCGUUGCCGCCAUCCAGGACUUCAUCACAGCAUCCUACCUCCUCUCUCGGCGGGACCGCCUAUUCGACCGCUCCCAAUUCACCCAAAUCGCCUGCUUCCUCGGCGACGCCAAUCUCAAAAUCGACCUCCCUCCUCCGGCCAUCUGGAAGCCUACCCGCAUGUGGACCGGUAAACAAAUCUUCAACCUCCUCAUGCGUCCCAACAAGGACAGCCAUAUCCUCGUCAACCUCGAAGCCAAGUGCAAAACCAUGGAAAAGCCCUCGGACCCAAACUUCCCACUCGACAUGUCCCCGAAUGACGGGUACCUCGUCAUCCAGAAUUCGGAGGUCAUGUGCGGUGUAUUCGACAAGGCGACGGUCGGAGACGGAAAGAAAAACUCUGUGUUUGGAGUUAUAUUGCGGGAUUAUGGAUCGGACGAGGCGGCCAAGGCAAUGAAUAGGCUGGCGAAGCUCGCGGCGAGGUGGUUGGCGAACCAGGGGUUCUCGUUGGGAAUCAACGAUGUCAUUCCGGGGGAAAUCCUGCAGGGUGCGAAGGACGGGCUGGUAGAGGAGGCGUACGCGGAGUGCGACCACAACAUCGACCUGGCGAAGAGGGGAUUAUUGCCGAACGUCCCGGGAUGCGACCAGAGCGCGACGCUGGAGCAAAAGAUCUCGGGCAAGCUGUCGGGCGUUCGACAAGCGGUCGGAGAUAUCUGUCUCAAGGAGCUCAGUCGGCAUAACGCUCCGGUCAUCAUGGCGACUUGUGGUUCCAAAGGAUCCGUCAUCAACGUCGCCCAGAUGGUCGCCUGUGUCGGACAACAAAUUAUCUCCGGCUCGCGUAUUCCCAACGGUUUCCAAGAUCGUUCCCUCCCCCACUUCCGCAAAAAGUCCCGCACACCCCCAUCCAAGGGUUUCGUCCGAAACUCCUUCUUCUCCGGCCUCACUCCUCCCGAAUUCCUCUUCCACGCCAUCUCGGGCCGAGAAGGUCUGGUCGAUACAGCCGUCAAGACGGCCGAGACGGGAUACAUGGCGCGGCGGCUCAUGAAGGCGUUGGAGGAUUUGUGUACGGGGUAUGAUUUGAGUGUGCGGAACUCGGUCGGAGGGGUCGUGCAGUUUCAGUAUGGAGACGAUAUGCUGGAUCCGGCGUGUUUGGAGGGAGACGCCACCCCGGUCGAGUAUGUUCGGAGUUGGACUCAUGCUUGUCGAACGGCAGACCGGUCAGGCCGCCCACUCUACCCCUAUGAAAUCCUCCAACUCGCGCAAGCCAUCUACCCCGAAUGCCAGCCACAAGAGCUCGUCAUCGAGGAGGUCGUCAAACCCGUCAAGGGCCGUAAGGGCAAGCCGGGCAAGAAGGCUCCGGUCCCCAAAAACCACAUCGACCUCUUGCCAGGCUGGGACGGAUGUCACAGCAAGUACCGCGAGAACACGUACAAUUUCAUCAAGGAGAACAUUGUCAAAGUGAUGGUCAAUCAGCGCACGAGCCGAGGGCUUCCAGCGGCGGACAAUGCGGAAGAGGCGGAAGAGUACCAGGCGGACUUGGACUCGGACGAUCCCGCCAUCCAGGCCGUCCUUGACAACGCCAACAAAGUCACCGCAUCCCAGAUUGAGCGCUUCCUCGAGAUCUGCCGAGCGCGAUACCUCCAAUCCAAGAUUGAACCCGGAUCGACCGUCGGAGCCGUCGGCGCUCAAUCGAUCGGUGAACCCGGAACCCAGAUGACGCUCAAGACUUUCCAUUUCGCCGGUGUCGCGUCCAUGAACGUCACGCUCGGGGUCCCGCGUAUCAAGGAGAUUAUCAAUGCGGCCAAGGAGAUCAGUACGCCGAUCAUCACGGCGCAUUUGGUCAACCCGACAAGCGAGCAUGCGGCGCGGAUUGUGAAGGCCCGAGUGGAGAAGACUGUUUUGGGAGAUAUCGCGGCGUGUAUCGAGGAAUCAUGGACCAAUACCACCGCCUGGAUCGAGAUCCAUAUCGACCGCGAAACCGUCCGUCGACUUCAGCUCGAAAUCACCCUCACGACAAUCAAAGAGUCGAUCGCCAAUGCCCCCAAGCUGAAAAUCGGCAUUAACUCAAUCAACGUCAAUGAAAAGAAUUAUCGCGUGCGGGUCUUUAUGGACAUGAAGGGGAAGACGGACGCUCCGGGUGAUGGCGUGUACGAGCGGCUCAAGUUCUUGAAGCGCGCCAUCUCGGAGAUUCAGAUCAAGGGAAUGACGCAGAUCGAUAAAGGGGUGAUCAGCAAGGAUGACAAGAAGGAGACGCUGGCAAAGUACGGGUCGCCAAAGCAUUGUCUGCUGGUGACUGGGUAUGGACUCUCCGAGGUUAUGGGCACCGACGGGGUGGACGGUAUCCAAACGAGUACCAACCACGUCAUGGAGACUGCCAAAGUCCUCGGAAUCGAAGCUGCCCGAUCGACAAUCUACAAUGAAAUCCAGCACACCAUGCAGUCGCACGGAAUGAGUAUCGACCCGCGACACGUCAUGAUCCUCGCGGACGUCAUGUCGUACAAGGGCGAGGUGCUCGGCAUCACCCGAUUCGGUGUCCAAAAGAUGAAGGACUCGGUGUUGAUGUUGGCGAGUUUCGAAAAGACGACGGAUCACCUGUUUGACGCGUCGCUCUUCUCGAAGAAGGACGAGAUCCAGGGUGUAUCAGAGUGUAUCAUCAUGGGCACGCCUGCGCCGGGGUGCGGGACGUCAUUAGCAUCUAUCGUUACUCCCGCACCGCUCAUUGCCAGGCGCAAGCCCCUGCUCUUCGAAACGGCCUUCAAGCAGGGUAGGGAGAAACGGACCAACAUGAUGGUGGAGGCGUAUUGA